GCCAUGUUCGGCCGAAUUGCCCGCGGGGUGCGCAGCCAUGCAAUGCUCGGCACGUCCGUCACGUCGUGCGGCGUCGCUCUUGGUAGAUACAACAGCCAGUCGCCAACGCUUCUUGACACGAAGAAGGUCGACGCCAGUGAAUUCCUGUACGUCCCGCUGUCAAAGGACAAAACCCCUGCCGACAGCAUUGAAUUUGACAAGACCGCGCCCAUGAAGGAUCGUAUGAAAGCGAUGAUUUUCCGUGUGCAAGACGAAAUUUGCGCUGGCAUGGAAGAUAUCGACGGUACAAAAUUUCGCCAAGACGAAUGGGAACGCCCUGGACACGGUGGUGGCGGGCGCAGCCGCGUGAUCCAAGACGGCAACGUGUUUGAAAAAGGCGGUGUGAACGUCUCGGUGAUCCACGGCGAACUUGGCAAGGCUGCGGCGACUCAAAUGCGUGCCCAGGGUCGCGACCUGGCUGCGGAAAAGUCCCUUCCGUUCUUUGCAUGCGGUGUCAGUCUUGUGCUUCAUCCUCGCAAUCCUAUGGCCCCUACCAUGCAUUUGAACUACCGCUACUUUGAAGUGGAAACUGGCAAGCUUGAUGCUGAGGGCAAGCCGAAGAAGUUGUCAUGGUUCGGUGGUGGCGCCGAUUUGACCCCCGCCUACUUGUUUGAAGAAGACGCGCGCCACUUUCAUGCCGUUUACAAGACGGUCUUGGACAAGACCGACAAGAGCUACUACCCCAAGAUGAAGGCCACGUGCGAUAAAUACUUCUAUAUUCCGCAUCGACAAGAAGGUCGCGGCGUUGGCGGGAUCUUCUUCGAUGAUAUGGAAGAAAACCAAGAAGUUACGUUCCAAAUGGCCCGCCAGUGCGCUAAUGCCGCUGUUGACGCAUACGGUCCGAUCUUGCGCCGACGAAAGGAUAUGCCCUUCACGCAAGAGCAAAAGGAAUGGCAGCAGAUUCGCCGUGGUCGCUACGUUGAAUUCAACAUCAUGUAUGAUCGAGGCACCAAGUUUGGGUUGAACGUACCUGGAUCCCGCAUUGAAUCGAUUAUGAUGUCGCUGCCGUUGACCGCGCGCUGGGAAUACAUGCAUGCCCCCAAAGCCGGAUCGUGGGAAGCGCGCACGCUCGAAGUGCUCAAGAACCCUGUCGACUGGCUCGACGUCGAUGCUGUGAACCUCGAAACGUUGUCGACUAAGGAGCUGCUUGCAGAAAUUGCCCGUCGGAGUGAAAAACAAUAAAUAGUCCAUGUAGAAUGAAUUUGGUCUUAAUACCCCAUCUCCUUGACAAGUGACUGGU